UCACAAUCUUUAAAAAUGGCGGAAGCCAGUACCCGUCCACGAGUUUUAAUCCUGGGUGGUACAGGAUUUAUAGGAAGAAAUCUGGUGUCAUACUUGGUGAAAAAUAAUCUCACUAGUAAAGUAAGAGUUGCUGACAAAGUGCCACCUCCCAUGGCAUGGCUUAGUCCAAGACACAAGGAGAUAUUUGCUCUGCCUCAAGUAGAAUUCAAACAUUCCAAUCUUAUAAACCCAAAGUCAGUAGAGAAUGCAUUUGCCGACCCUGAUGGAGAGUUUGAUUAUGUGAUAAAUCUGGCUGCUGAAACGAAAUAUGGACAGACUGAACCGGUAUAUCAAGAAGGUGUGGUCAGAUUAAGUGAUAACUGUGCCCAAGAAGCAGCGAGAUGUAAUAUUAAAAAAUAUAUCGAAUUUUCUGCUGGUCAGAUGAAUUCUGCCGAAAAGAAACCUUGUAAAGAAGACUGCAAAUGUUCUCCAUGGACCAAACUUGCCAAACAUAAAUUAUUAGUAGAAAAUCAUCUUCAAAACAUUCCAGAUCUGAAUUUUGUAAUUAUCCGACCUGCUAUAGUGUAUGGUAUUGGUGAUAGAAAUAGCUUAACUCCUAGAUUACUAAUAGGUGCUAUAUACAAAUACAUCCGACAAAAGAUGAAGAUGCUAUGGACCAAGGAUUUAAAGAUGAAUACAGUGCAUGUAGAUGAUGUCUGUAGAGCUGUGUGGCAUCUUUGUCAACAUGGUCAGAACGGGGAAUUGUAUAAUGUAGUGGACGAAGGCAAUACUACCCAAGGAAGAAUCAGUGAGUUAGUGUCAGAAAUCUUCAGUAUUAAUUGUUCCUUUGUAGGAUCAGCUUUAUCCAAUAUAGCUCAGGUCAACAUGUCUAGCAUAGUAGAAGAAAUAAAUGAUAAACACAUGGAACCCUGGGUAGAUGCCUGUCAGAAAGACAAUAUAGAAAACACUCCAUUAAAUCCAUUUAUAGAUCAGGAACUUCUCUACAAUAAACAUGUAAACUUAGAUGGCUCCAAGUUAAAACAGACUGGGUUCCAGUAUAACAUUCCAGAACUUAAAACAGAUCACCUGAAAGAGAUGUUAGAAGAUUUUAUCCAGAUGAAACUGUUCCCAUUGUCACUGUUGUCUGGUGAUGUAGUAUGGUCAGGUGAAGAGAAAUCGUUAGACUUCGAAGACGGUGCAGACGAGGAGGAGAAAUCUUAAUGUUUAUAACUUUAGCUCUGACAAGAAGUCACAUGGUUUUAUGAUAUUCUAUUAGUCAAAAGAUAAAAAAACGUUUUUUUGAUUUAGGAAAAACAUCAAUGUUUAUAACAUUAGCUCUGACAAGUAGUCACAUGGUUUUAUCACAUUCUUUUAGUCAAAAGAUAAAAAACCUUUCUGAUUUAGGAAAAGCAUUAAUGUUUAUAACUUUAGCUCUGACAAGAAGUCACAUGGUUUUAUAAUAUUCUAUUAGUCAAAAGAUAAAAAAACGUUUCUGAUUUAGGAAAAAGUUAAUGUUUAUAACUUUAGCUCUGACAAGAAGUCACAUGGUUUUAUAAUAUUCUAUUAGUCAAAAGAUAAAAAGAUGUUUCUGAUUUAGGAAAAACAUAAUUAAUGUUUAUAACUUUAGAUCAAGUAGUCACAUGGCUUAAUGGUAUGGUGUUUGUCAAAAGAUAAAAAAAUUUGAUUUAGAUAAAUUUUUAAUGUUUAUAACUUCGGCUCAAGUAGUCAUAGUUUUAUGAUAUUCUAAUGGUCAUAAGAGAAAAUGUUUUGGAUUUAGGAAAAUAAUUAAUGUUUUUAAACGUCAGAUAUUUUACUCUAAAAGAGAAUUAAAUAGACACAUUUAAACAAAGCAAAACAGAUAACACACAUUUUUUUUGUCAAAUGAUUUUUGAGGUUUUGCAAAGUUUACUCUAUUUCAAAGCAAUAGGAAUAUUUUAAUCAUAAACUUUGGAUUUUAGUAGAUGUUGCCAAAAUUCUAAUUUGGAAUAAUAUGUAAAACAAAUUUUUAUUGACAAUCUGCUUUAAAAGUGUAUUAGUCAUAAUAGAAAUUAAUCAUUGGUAUUUGUCGUCCUGAAUAUGCAUGAAAUAUUUGCCACUGGACAUUAAGCUACCAACAAUCAAUCAAUCAUUGGUAUUUGGCUAUUAUCAUUUCUUAUGAACAAUUCAACUCCUUUCAGGAUUAUCAAUAGAUAAUUUAAUUUUGGAUGUAACACGUCUUCUGAUUAGCUGACGUUAUUUUGUUAUUAGCCCAUAGACAUAAUUUAGUCAUGUGAUCGUGACGUCAUCAACAUUUUGUCAUGGUUUUCUACGGUUUAAAAUGGAAUUUAAAAUUAAAUUAUAAGAAAUGACUGUAAUAUUUUUUCUGUCUAUUCGAAAUAACAUAAAAAAUGUGUUGCACACUGUAAAUAACCUGCUACGCGCGUUAAUCAGUGUGCACCACAUGUUUUAUGUUAUUUUUUCAUAGACAGAAAAAAUAUUACAGUCAUUCCCUCAAUAAAGAUUUAUAUUUUCAUUAAGAACUGCAUAUUGCAAUGGCCAUUUAUAUAAUACAACAAAAUAACUUGUAUCUCAAAAAUAUAUGCCAUGAAAAAAUUAAAUAUUUUAUAUGUUUUCGAAAAACAAAAUAGGCUGAUGUAGGAGAUACCGUAAAAAAGCAAAUGUCUUUUACCUCUCAGCUGUGUUAGGCUUAAAGGGAGUUAGCUUCUCAGUUUCAAAUUAAUUAACUUUUCAAAACACUAGUUUAUAUAGAUAGGAGAUUGAUAAGGGAAUCCAAAGAGUAAAAAAAAUAUAUAGGUCACCGUGCUUGGUCCAGAUAUUAGCCAUUGAAAUUUUGGUGGGAAAAUAUACGCUCUUGAACUUUCUUAGUUUUAUCAUUGACAAGUUGAAGUUCUCCAAAACUGUUAAAAAGUAAUCAAAGUUUUAUUAGACUUUUACAGAUGGCUUAUAUAUCAUUUUACAUGUAAAAGAUUUACAAAAAGAAAAAUGAGGGUCACCAGGCAAAUUCUUUCAAGGCAUUCAAAUGAAUAAAACCAGAGGAUUCCCAAAAUCUGAUAAAAUCUAAAAGUAAAACAUGACAAGCCAGCCUUCUUAAGAAGAAGGGUCAGAUCAGUUAUUAACACCUCCACCAAAGUUGACAAUUUAAAUAUUGAUGCAAAUACCUUAAAGCUUUAGAUGUUUUAGUGCAGUCUUUAAUGUUUACUCUUAGGAGUAUAAAUUUAGAAACACUUUAAUAUUUAGUCAUAUAAUGUUCAACAACAAUUUUAAGUUGCAAAGAAAGUGUGGACCAUUUAAUAGACAAGGUAAUGUAUAUGUUGACCACAAUUUUGCCACAGUAAUGUCUUUUUUUAGACUAUAAGAUGCCACAGUAUAAUAUAUUUAGGCCACUAGAUGGCCAUAUUAAUGUCUUUUUUUAGACCAUAAAAGGACCAAAUUAUUUUAAAUAUAGACCAUUAGAUGGCCAAGAUAGUGUAGACAUUUUCGCUCUUUUCAGCCAAAUGUUAAAAAUGAACAUAUUUUUCAUCUUUUACUUACUGUUUUUUUUUCUCAUUUCAUAAUCUCAUUUACAUCGUCAGAAUUGAAUAGAAAAUUGUGUGUAGAAGGUAAUUCCCUAUUUCAGAAUCAAAAGAACAAUUUGGAUGAUACCCAAAAUUUAAAUGACAUCACCUUAUUGGUUGAACUUGCAUUGUUCAGGCCUUGGAUAGCCAAUCACAGGAUUUUGUUUGCUUUUGAAACAUUUAACAAGAAUGCACUACAUUCAGAAAUUGCAAAUUGCAGGGAAAAGUGGGAACAAGAAUUUGGGGAUUUAAUUGAGUGUUGCCUUUUAAUAUUUAAUUUGUUUAUUUAUGAAAUAUAAUUUAUUAUAUAACUAUAUUGAUGACCAUUAUUUAUGUAAUGUGUUAGCAAUGGCAAAAUUAUAUUAGGGAUUCAAAAUUUAGAUUCUCUUGUUUGGUUUGAAAAUAUGUAACUACAUUCCAAUAAUGUGAUCUUAAAAACGUUUAUUUGCAAGACUGUUAUGAGAUAGGGGAUGUGGUCUAGAAAGUCACAAGGAUCAUGAUUGAGAGAGGUUAUAAUAUCUACUUAUAUGUAUUUUGUUCAGAUAUUGUUUUUUAUCAUUUUAUAUAGUUUUAUACAUGUUUUAUAAUUGCUCAAGUUGUUAUGUUUGUGUUAAAUGUUAUUAACAGAUAUCAUAUGGAGUUUCCAACAAGAAAUAAGGAGUUUAUGUACACAACAGCCCCGGUGGAUUUUGCUUUUUCCACCAGCCCACCGUGGACAACCAAUCUGUGCCGACUCCAGCUAUAAUCUCUUUUUUCUGUAAAAAAUAUUGAUUACAAAUGCUCAUCUGCUUUUAUCAAUUGAUUUUACUUGCAAGUCUUUUGAUUAAACAAAAGAAAUUGCAUGCCCACUCCUAUGGGUGGGCAGAGUGGACAAGCUAGAAAGUUUGCCCACCCGGUGCUCACUCCCAGUGAUUGGUAGGAAAAAGCAAAAUCCACCUGAGCUGUAUUGUAUAUAUGUUUGUGUAUGUAACUAAUGAGGUUUUCAUGUCUUUGUGUUAACUGUUAACAGACAACAUUUGGUGAAAGGGAAAGUAUUCAUCUGUUGUAAGUUAGAGUAUGUGAAGAACAUCUUCAAAGUGGUCAAAAUCAGUCAAAUUUUGACCUGUAAAAUAAGAUUUUCAUUAGACCGAAUAUUCACUAAUUAAUAGUCAAAUAAUUGAAUAUUCAACAGUGUUUAUAUAAAAAAGAAGAAAUGGUAUGAUUGCCAAUUAAACAACUCUCCACAAGAGACCAAAAUGACACAGAAAUUAACAACUAUAGGUCUCUGUAUGGCCUUCAACAUGAGCAAAGCCCAUAUCUCAUAGUUAACUGGUUUAUGAUAAUUGUCUAGUUACCCAUCAAUCUUCAAUUCCAACUAUAAAAUCUGUAAAAUCUACAAAUACUAAAUUGAAUACAACAGAAAUCCAUUUUACGGUAGUACCUAACACUACAGGGAGAUAACUCUGUAAAGUCAGCUAAAAGUUUUAAUUACGUAGUGUUGUAAAAGGAAUAUUAAGCUUCUCAAUGAUCAAAAUUGGUGUUUGUCAAAUUGCUUUAUAACCAGUGUAAUUUUUCUGACAAAACAGUUGUUUUAAAUUUUUUUAAAUUUUUAUAUUUUUGUUAAAAUGUCAAAGUAAAUACUUUGACAAAAUUUUAUGAAAAUUAAACGAGCCAAAUUAAUUUUAGUGAAAGUGUUGGGUACAAACUUAAACAGAGAUUUUAAUAAAAUAUUUAGAUUUCUAAGUGAAGGUUUUUAUGCUAAGCUGCUGGUGUAUUUGCCAAAUUUAGCCUAGAUAUACCAGAAUGUGCAAUCAGGCCACAGGGAAAUGUUUUAAUGUAAAGACAAUCUUGUUUAUAAAAUCCUUUGUAUCAUACUGCAAUCAUAUUUAGUAUAUCGUGUUUUCAAAUAAAAUAUGUUUAUAAACUUAUUAUUAAUUAAGUCAAAGUUUCUUCCAAAAAGAUUGAAGGUAAAACAAUUGGAAAUUGAAGAAAAUAUUCUACCCACAGGCACAAUUUUCUUAAUCAUUUGACAUUAAGUUGUUGUAUUUUGGAUACAUUUUUUUUAUAUUGCCUUAAUAUUUUUUAUUAAACAGUUUUGAAUAUUUAAAAUAAAUUUAACUAAGCUUUUUCUUAAAAGACCAAUUUUGCCAUUGUUUGCCAUUUUGAGAUUAGCAGCCAUAUUAUUCAAUACUAAAAUAUAUGAUUAUUGUAAAAUUUUACUUAAUUGAAAGCUACCACUAACUGAAAAAUAUUAAAUUGAAGCAAUCUCAUUAUAAAGCAAAUAAAAAUGACAAAUGUUAAAACAACAGUAAAAGGCUUUUUAUAUAUAAAAAGACUGUCACUGUCACACCAAUCAUAUCAAAUUAUACACAAAUGUGUGUAAUACAUAUUCACAUAUUACAGCCAAAUCUCUUUCAUAUUACACAUAUGUGUAAAAAUAGAUAUUGAUGCUGGAUCUCUUUCUUAUAAAACAAAUUACCUCCUGGUUGAGGCAGUGAUUUUUUUUAUGCUGUCUAUUUUUUUAUAAAUGUUUUGACUGACCACUUGUUUAGAUACUUUACUUCAUCAAAUACCUUAGUAUGCAUCCAUCCUUGUUACAUAUUUUAUUGUAUGUAUUGAUAUAUCAAGUGGCAUUACCUACUUAAUAUUUACAUUAUAUUUUGCUAUUAUGCUUAGUAUGUUUAUAUUGUAUUAAGCCGUUAUGCCACUUAUUUUUAUAUUGUUUUAUACGAUUUAUAUUCCACACAUGGUGAUAUUGUAUUGGGCCAAGAAAACUAAAUAUUGAUAAGUAUCUGUGUAUACUACUAAUGAGGGAAUUUUUAUUUAUAGCAAAAUAUGAAGGAAGUCAUCACAUAUUAAAUCAGUUAAUGCAACACAUAUGUGAAGAAAAAUUUAGUAUACAAAAUGAAACACUAAUAGAAGAAGCUUUUAAAUAAAAAUAUGGUUUAUCACAUAUUUGCCAUCGUACUCUUAACAUCACAAGAAAAAAUAAUGGCAUUUCUAAUAAUUCAGAAAGUAUAUUUUAGUACUUCUUCCUUUGCUUAUUCAAUGAGAUUUUACAUGAGUGUUGAAGUUUUGAGCUAUGCCUAUUUAAAAUAAUAUUAUAUAUAUUGUUCAAGCCAUUCCUGUGAUUUGUGUAAUACUGUAAUUGUACCUUUUUUUUUUACUGUAUUUAUUUUCACGAAUUUCAAGGUUGGUUUAUUAUUGGGGAAAAAAAAUACAUGCGAAACAAAAUCAAAUCUUUCAACUUUAAGGCAAUAAUUAAAAAAUCGUGAAAAUAAAUGAAAAACACAAUUUGCGAAAAAUAAGUACCCGCAAAAAAAAAAUAAGUACCCGCGAAAAAAAGUACAAGUACAGUAAGAUUGUUGUUAUCUGUCAUACUGUUAUUCCUAUUUUCCAGUAGUGAAUGAAUAGGAGUUCUAAACUGCCUUUCAUAGUAUAUCUAAAAUGUAUCAAAGUUCACUGAAUUGUUUAUGUCAACUGAGAAGAAUUUUAGUUGAUGGUGUUUUGUAAAACAAGGACACGAUACCAAACUUAAGCUGGAAAUGUCUACAAAAGUAAUUUUCAGAAAAGUCAAUAAAAUUUUGUAACAAUCAAACUCAUGAUGCUGAAAGUCAUAUUUGACUGGUUGGCAUGGAAUAUGUAGAAUAUUUGAUAGGUUAUUCUAUAGAACAUUAUCUUGUGGGCUAGUAUGUUUACAAUUUUGACUACACAUUGUCUUUUUAGAGCAAAGUAUCAUAUAAUAAUACCUCAUUAACAUAUCUUUCUGAAAAUGCAUUGAAAUUACCAACUAGAAUUUAAACAAUUUGAUCAAAUAUCUUUAAACAUAUCUCUCAGGCACAGUAGCAUAUCCAUUGUUGAAAUUUGUUUAAAAAUAUUAAGUCUAUGGGAGUAUGUUACUAUAUUUUAUAUGUUAAGUAAAAAAAAACUGGGUAUAUAUUUUAUACUCCAGAUGUGUCUUCGUCUUGUAUAUUUACUAACUUGAUAUAUACAAGUUAUUCAAUAAUUUGGAUAAGGAAACAAGAGCUGUGCUCUUUUUAUAAAUUUGUUUCCCUGAAAUCACUAUAUAAAUUGUCAGGAAUGAUUAAAAAGUUUUCUAAUAUAUUACUGAUGAUCAUCUACAAGCUUUGGAUUUCAAAUAUUUUGGCCACAAGCAUCACUGAAGAGACAUAUAUUGUUGAAAUGCGCAUCUGGUGCAAGAAAAUUGGUACCGUUAAUUUUUUUACUACAAAAUAGUUGAUUGUUGUGAAUGUAAGGAUUGUAGAAGUAGAAUAGAACGCAAUCUUGCUUAAUUAUAGAAAAUUGCAUCAGCAUUAGCUUUUGUAGACGAUAUAGAAUGCAUAAUUAUAUCCAUUUAUAAUUCUAUAAGUCAGCAAUAAACUGUGUAAUGUUUUGCUGCUUUAAAAACAUUUUUUCCUUUCUGAGAAGUCCCCUAUGAUGUCUUUUUUAUAACUGAUAUUCUAUUUUAAUGUACAAGCCGAAAGCUGUAGAUGCAGAGCUAAGAGUUUGAUAAUACAUAUUUUAGACAUUUAUAAAUUGUGUGCUUCCAUUUUAUAUGUUAUGUCUUUAUGUAAGAGCAUUUUAUAUCAUUUUAUAUUGUUCACAUAUGCAAAAUGUGUAUGCUAUUGUUGGUUAUUAAAAUACAACAUAAAAUUACAA